AUGCGACCUCUUUCACCAAUUCGUGUUGUGGAGGCUCUCGAACCCUCCGCCUCAGUGCUGAACCCUUGCGAGAUUCACCCCGGCGCAGCCACCGCUACUGCACCGCCGGGAGCAACGCUGUUCGUUCAAGUCGACUCUACGCAGACACCGGUCGUCAGUACGGAGCUACAACGUCUCAGCCCUUCGUUACACACCACUGCCAAUGGCGUACCCAUCCUGACAAACGAAUUUCUUGCUGAAAUGGCUGCUUGUCCACAGCACAGCUAUCUUUUGCGUCAGCAGAUAAACACCCCAUUUGAAGCCUCUCCACCAAUCGCUGCUGUCACGGUUGCACCUCCGGCGACAAGUAAUGUUGGUGGAGUGUCGGCGAGUCCCACAGCAGAUACAACCUGCCCGUUCGAAGCACCGCCGUCCCUUAGUUUCAGGGAUGUAGUCAAAGGGAAGCAGGUUGGUGGGGAUGGAUAUCUCUAUCUCAACUGCCUCCCCAGAGCACCUGCCUUGAGGCGAAAAAGUCAUGAUCCUCCGGAACCCUCGUCCGACAAGCCUUUGGCUUCCAAGAGGGACGCCGCAGUUGAAGUCUCAGAGGUGGAAAAUUCAACUCACGGUGAAUCCUCGGGAUCGACCACUCAGCGAUCGACAUCUCCGGGCUGCUCGGAGACACUCCCUAGAGCCAUUGGUCGCAGUUCUUCUCACUCCAACAGCAUAGAAAGCGAUCUCAAUAAGCCGGGCUCAUCGGCAACCCUGCCAGUUGGCGGUAGUUCCACCGGUGCUAGGAAAUCCGCUCUCAAAGGCGCCAGAGGAUCAAAGAUCAGUAAACAAAUUCGCUUCACUGUACUCAACAUUGUGGCGAUCUCUUGCAUCGUGACAGUUGCAAUGGCUACCAAAGUGAUUGACGGUGCUGCCGAGGGAGAGGGAGGCGUACAAGUAAUGAAUGUGAUUCGCUUCCCAUCUACUGUCGACUCAAACUCAACUGAAAGUCCCGGUGGGCUUGGAGGUGGUCCGCAACUGCGAAUUACCAUUUGGAUACCCAACUACUUUGCUUUGGGUGAGGCGGACGUGAAGCACGUCAUGGGAAUGGAUUUGAUGGGCAAUAGCACGUUAGAAAGGAAACCCCCGAAAUCGAUUCAGUUAUGGCUUAAUAGGACAAGUCGGACGGAGGUUCGCCUUGGCCCCAAUGUCCAUCGGAGUGCUGUGGAAAUUUAUGGCAAGCUAAACUGCUAUUGA